CCGUCACUGAUGGGAUCUGAUCAGUCACCUGAUGAAAGCCUCCAUGGAGCUCAUCCAGGCCUCCCAGCUGCCUCAGGAAGCCUCCACAGCUACCUGGAUCACCAACUCUCAUUUCCUGCUCCUCUCCACUCCUUCUGAACCUUUCCUCGGCUUCACCCCGAGCGACGGCUCUUUCCUCUUUAACAGCAGUUGCCAGAAUGACACCAAACCGGAGCCUAGUUCCUUCCCUGGCUUGGCGGGAAUCUUCAUCCCUCUCAUCUACGGUAUGGUGUGUGUUGUUGGCCUCGUGGGCAACACUCUCGUCAUCCACGUUGUCGUCAACUACACCAAGAACGAGUCAGUCACCAACAUCUACAUCCUGAACUUGGCGAUCGCGGACGAACUCUUCAUGCUAGGUUUGCCCUUCCUGGCAGUGCAGAACGCUCUUCUCUCUUGGCCCUUCGGUUCGCUAGUGUGCCGCGUGGUCAUGACAGUGGACGCCAUCAACCAGUUCACCAGCAUCUUCUGCCUAACGGUGAUGUCAGUGGAUCGCUACCUGGCCGUAGUGCACCCAAUCCGGUCUUAUUGGUGGCGCCGCCCCCGUGUAGCGAAGGCCGUCAGUGCCACGGUGUGGGCUGGGUCGUUUGUUGUGGUGCUGCCCGUGGUGGUGUUUGCAGACGUGCUGAAGGACGACGGUAACUGCAGCAUCGUAUGGCCUGAACCGGCUGAGGUUUGGAAGACGUCUUUUAUAGUUUACACCUGCACCGUGGGCUUCUUCUGCCCCCUGCUGGUCAUCUGCCUGUGCUACUUGUUGAUCGUCAUCAAGGUUAGGAGU